CUCUGGAUCGCGGCGUAUGUAUAUCCGUUUGCAAUGCUGACUCAGAGUUGAAAAUAAAAUAAAUCUUGAAAAUUAAAGUUGAAACCUUUCCAUCAUUUGCACCUUGAACUCUUCUUCGGAUGUGAUCUUACCCUAUUCUUGUUAGGAAAAUGGACAGAACAAAUAGAGGUGGUACCACCGAUGCAUUAUUACAUAACUACAAGCUCGGGAAAACUCUCGGCCAUGGUUCUUUUGGUAAAGUCAAAAUCGCUGAACAUACGUUGACCGGCUACAAAGUGGCCGUCAAGAUUCUUAACCGCCGUAAACUUAAGAAUCCCGAAAUGGAGGAGAAAGUGAGACGGGAAAUCAAAAUCUGUAGAUUAUUUGUGCAUCCUCAUAUUAUAAGACUUUAUGAGGUGAUAGAGACACCCCUUGAUAUAUAUGUUGUUAUGGAGUAUGUGAAGUCCGGAGAGCUUUUUGAUUAUAUUGUAGAAAAAGGAAGGCUAAAUGAAAAUGAAGCCCGCAAAAUUUUUCAGCAGAUAAUCUCCGGAGUAGAAUAUUGCCACCGGAAUAUGGUAGUCCACCGGGACCUUAAGCCGGAAAAUAUUCUCUUGGAUUCAAGAGGUAACGUUAAGGUUGCGGACUUCGGGUUGAGUAAUAUAAUGAGAGAUGGACAUUUUCUCAAAACAAGCUGUGGAAGUCCAAAUUAUGCUGCUCCAGAGGUUGUUUCUGGUAAACUUUAUGCAGGACCCGAGGUAGACGUGUGGAGUUGUGGGGUCAUCUUGUAUGCCCUUCUAUGUGGCACUCUUCCUUUUGACGAUGAAAAUAUUCCCAAUCUGUUCAAGAAAAUUAAGGCAGGAAUAUAUACUCUUCCUAGUCAUCUAUCACCCGGGGCUCGGGAUCUAAUUCCUAGAAUGCUUGUGGUCGAUCCUAUGAAAAGAAUAACAAUCACCGAGCUUCGUCAACAUCAUUGGUUCAAAAGUCAACUUCCUCGUUACUUAGCCGUUCCUGCCCCAGACGCAAAAGAGCACUUAAAAAAGCUUGAUGAAGAGAUUAUCAAAAAAGUGAUCAACAUGGGUUAUGAACGGAACCAUCUGAUACAAUCACUUCAAAGCCGAGCACAAGAUGAUGCUACGGUUGCGUAUUAUUUGAUGUUUGAUAACCAAACGCGUGUGGUUGGUGGGUAUCUUGGAGCUGAAAUUUCCGAGUCCCUGGAGGGUGACCUUGCUACUAUGCAUCUAGACCGUGUCUCGGAGCGGGCCCAAAUGGGCAAGCUUACGUGGGAGAACUCUUUGAGAGCCAAUAUGCCCGGUGAAAGAAAAUGGCAAGUCGGGAUGCAGAUUCCAGCGAAUCCGCGUGAGAUAAUGACGCGUGUUCUUGAAGUUCUGAGAGACCUAAACGUCUGCUGGAAAAAGACCGGGCUUUAUAACAUUAAGUGCAGAUGGGCUUCAAGCAUCCCAAAUACUGAGCCGAUCACAGCCCACCAAUUGUACGAGAACCAUUACGUCAAUUCUGCGAUUACAACCAACGAUAUUCGAUCACAAAAUGUUGUAAAGUUUGAAAUUCAGCUUUACAAGACUCCAGAGGACAGCUAUUUGUUCGACGUCCAGAGGAUCAACGGUCCACAGUUGCUAUUUCUGGAUUUCUGUGCUGCUUUGAUACUGCAGCUAGAGACUAGCAUCUUCUAAAGCACAUAACUGCUUGUAAAUACUCUGGUUUUUUUUUUCUAGUACUCUGUUUUCUUGUUGCAAAUGAUCAACAAAUCCUUGUUUUCCGCUACUUUUCUUAGUUUUUAUAGAUGUACACUUGGUUCUACAUACUUGGAUAGUUGGACCACUGAUUAUGUGUUGUUUGGAAACUUUUUUGUAAUUAAAUAAUUUUUUCAGGGCAGAUUUUUGUUUCUA